CUCUCUUUUCGGCUGCUUCGUCCCAACACGUCGUGAAGCCUUCGCUCUGCGUCGGCAGAUAUACAGCGGGCACAAUGGGUUCCCUCGUUCAGGGAGAUGACUUCCAGCACAUUCUGCGUCUGCUGAACACGAACGUGGAUGGCAAGAACAAGAUUAUGUACGCCAUGACGGCCAUCAGGGGUAUGGGCCGCCGCUUCGCCAACCUGGUCUGCAAGAAGGCUGAGGUUGACCUGAAGAAGCGCGCUGGCGAGUGCUCCGCCGACGAGCUGGAGCGCAUGAUGGGCAUUGUGGCUAACCCCCGCGCCUACAAGAUCCCCGACUGGUUCCUGAACAGGCAGAAGGACCACAAGACGGGCCGCUUCAGCCAGCUGACCUCGUCGGCCCUGGACACCUACCUCCGUGAUGACCUGGAGCGCCUCAAGAAGAUCCGCAACCACCGCGGUCUGCGCCACUACUGGGGCCUGCGCGUGCGCGGCCAGCACACCAAGACCACGGGCCGUGCCGGCAAGACCGUGGGUGUGGCCAAGAAGAAGUAAGCGGCUGCUCAGCUGCUGUCGUCUUCGGAGGCUGGGGCGAGCAGGAAGCGCACUUGCGGCGUCAGCGGCGCGUUGGUGCUGGUGGCGCUAGUUCAGGGCGCUUUGCAGCAGGAUCGGGCUCAGGGUGUACUGCACGGCGGUUGUGUAACAGUCGUCGAGAG